UGUAUUAGAAUUGCCUUGCCGCCUCCGUCUUACACCAAGAAAUUUCAAGCCACUUACAACUUUCGACGCCUUUCCAACACACACAACGAAAUCAAUACAAUUCAACUUUCGAAAUAGUCAAUCCGCAACGAAACUCUACAGAAAAGUUCGCUAGUCAAUUGACCAACAAAGUUAAAGCAAAAUCUAUUACCAAAGCCCAACUUCGAUCAUAUUAACUCAUUUGGAUUCUCGGAUCCUGAUUUAUUCCUUCAACAAAUCAACCCAGUUUCUACAACAGCCCUGGAUUCCAUCAUCAGUCAUGGCGCCAAUGAAAAACGAUAAAAACAAUUUUAGUAGUAGUAACUAUGGCGAGGCCGUGUCCCGACAGGUCAAUGUCCUCGCCAGUUGCUACCUCGUAGACCCCACUGCCUCCCUAAAGGGGCUUCACUACUGCACUACCGGGGCUGCCGGUAAGGCUUUCUACUCUACGAUUGGUAUUCCUGAGGUCCCUAUCUCAGGUCUACCAUCUCCUCCAUCAAGUCCCCCCCUCGCGGCCUUCACCUCCUCAAAUGAGCUCGCUCUUCAACCUAAGAACAAGAAGCGCAGCAGCAACAACAACGGACAAAUUAGCCGCGGCCGCCGAGGGGGGGCAACACUUCAGAUCAGGGAAGAAUGUGAGAGAUUCUUCUGUGAGACCAUGAAAUCCGUGUUCCAGGUUGAGUGGAACAUGGCCGGUAAUGGCUCCUGCCUGACUGGUGUUAACAAUUACGCACUCACGCCACCUGAUGACUAUCCUUCGCCUCAAUCAUCUUUCUCGGAUAUCGAUACCAAGACUGGAGUUAAUGUGAAUGGAUGGAUGGAGUUUUGGGACUAUGCUGGAGGCGCUAGCUUCCGAGCCUUUGUUGCGGAAGACGGCGACGAGAAAUCGUUGUUCGCAUUCUUUGAUGACGGACUCGUCGGCCGCGAUCUUAAGCAAGCACUCAUCGCUUUGAUCGAGUUAGCUGAUGGACCAGUGGGGGCUUCGCACGUCGUCAUCUGCGUAGAUCGCAAGAUGCCUGCCGAUUACGCAAAGGCGUUGAUGAGGAGUCUCCAGUGGGUUGGCUUCGACUUGACUACCUUGGAUCAUUGGGCCAAGGACAUCGACGUUACUAGCAACAAAUGGCUAUUCAUGGGUAUGGAAGUCUAGUUGUCAGCAUACGAACAUUGACGAUCGUUAAAAUGGGGUUGACUCUACUUAAAUAUUAGGGAACCCUUGACGUCUAUGCAGUAUUUUCGAGGUUGGGUUACAUUUUGGAGUUGUCGGAAUUAUGCAUGCACACAUCCCAUCGAUUCGGGCGCAUGGUGUCGUUUUCUUUCCCACGGUAGCACGUUGCUUCAUUCCUUCCACGGGCAAAAGCAUCGGCGUAGAGGUCUAAACUCGCGAAUGAGUUUGCUUUGCAAGGACAAUGGUAUAGUGAGAAGUUACUAUUACUAUCAAUAGACAAACUUCUAUCGUUCCUUUUUUUAUGCUCUUCCUCCCGCAUCUAAUCCUUCAACGCCUAUUCUAACAUGUGCAAU